AUGGAGGUCGGUACUGUGUUGGAGAGAGACUGGUCUACAAGCUUUGCAACACCCAGUGAACCUGAACCCCACCAUGAUGUGGAGAGGGGCCACCAGUGCCAGGAAGCCACACAGAGCAGAAGUAACACCUCCUUCACCAAGAGUAUGGAAGGUCCUGAGGCCUGUGAGUUGUGGUGCCAGGUGGGCGGGAUCUACAACUUCUUCGGCAGCGUUGCAGAUGGUACGAGCUGCGGCAAUGGCAGGAACGGGGACGUGUGUGUAGGAGGGGCCUGCAAGCCGGUAGGAUGUGACGGGAAGUUUGGUUCCUCUGCCAGUUACGACCAGUGUGGGGUGUGUAAUGGUGACGGGUCAACCUGCAAGGUGGUGGAGGAAACUUACAAGGGAAUGGUCAACAGCAGAGGGGUUAUCACCAUGGCAACCAUCCCCAAGGGUUCCUACGACAUCAGAAUCAGCACCUCUGAAAUCCUCCGUCAGAUGCCCCUAUUCAUCGUUCUUAAGAAUGAGGCAGGAGACAUGAAGGUGAUCAGAACAGGUCGUCACUACUUCAUGUUUGCUGGAGCCUCCUGGAAGGCGGAGAGGUUCAGCAACCGUCUGCACUCCUUCCAAACUAAAGGCAAACUCACAGAGGAUCUAACAGUGCAGUGCACAGAGCCAGUUCCACACAUUGAUGUAGAGCUAGGCAGUGUUUGUAAGGCUGCGGGAUACUCUGAGGUCUCAUCAUUACGUGGAUACACUGGGGAUGAUGCUUGCCGUCUGUGGUGCCAACAUCAGAACGGUGCCUGGGCCUACCACGGACCCGUGCCUGAUGGAGUGUCAUGCAGCAACAAGGACAGCAGCAUCUGUGUGAAAGGGUCCUGCAAGCAAGUGGGCUGUGACGGUGAGUUUGGGUCCCCUGCUGAGUUCGAUGCCUGCGGGGUGUGUAACGGUGACGGGUCUACAUGCUCAGUCAUCCAGGGAACUUUCACAGGAAACAACCAUGGUACCUCCACUGUCGUCACCCUGCCUGAGUCUGCCUAUGACAUCACCAUCUCAUCUGCAGUCCCUCUGGGGGAGAUGUCUCGCAAUCUUGUCGGUCUCGAAGCUGAUGGAGAGAGACCCUUACGGCCCAAUGCUGGACUGUUCUACUUCUUCUAUGGGGGUGCAGGCUGGAAAACCACACAGUACAACAACCUCAAACUCCUGUUUGAGGCAAAGGGGCCUCUGACAAAGCCUGUGGAAGUCACUAUGGUCCACUACACAGGAAUUUCCAUGGAUAAUAAGGGCAUCACCUACAAGUUCAAUGUGUUAAAAGGAAAAGAGGGUCACAUCCAGAGGAAAUCACAGAGACAAACAACUAAAACGAAAAGUGAGCCCAGCCCGACUACACAGCCCACAGAGUUGUAUGUUUGGGUCACUGAAGAAGGAGAAUGUUCCAAAGACUGUGCUGGAGGUACGAAAGCAGUGACGCUGUUCUGCCAGAGAAGUGACACGGGUUACGUGGUGGGGAAUCAGUACUGCCAGCACCUGCCCAAGCCUCACGAAGAGCGAAGAAUACCCUGUAACCUGGACCCCUGUCCUGUCAGAUGGAGAGUGGGGACGUGGGGCGAGUGCUCGAGAACGUGUGGGGAGGGGGUGAUGGUGAGGUCGUUGACCUGCACCAGGGAGGUGCGGGAAGGCACGUGGGAGGAUCUGGAUCAGACCUACUGCGAUCACGUCACCAGACCCACAGACAGAUACGAGUGCAAUAUCGAAGACUGUGUGGACAGUAAGAAGCAGAAGGCGAAGACUGUCAGCCCCCGUCUCAGCUACUGGAUGCGAGCCUUGCAGAAGCUGAGAUCGACAUCAACAUCAUCAUGAUACGUCAUCACGCAACUACCUCAUUGUCUCCUACUCCACAUGCAAAUUUCUGUCUUGCUUGGGGUAACGUUUCAUGUAUACCUGACUGUAUGUUUUUUGUUUGUUUUUGUUAUCUUUUAUACAACCUACAAGUUGUGUAUGUUGAAUGAAGAGCAGAGAGAUACUAAGGAAUUUUAUAUCCUCUUUACUGUGAACACUGCCUGGGAGGAGUGAAAAGGCGGGAGGAUUUUAAAAAAUAUUCUAAAACUUUGGUGAAUCCUUCUGUAUAUUGCAAGUGCGCUGGAAUAAUGUAUAAAAUUCACCACCAAA